AUGACCCCAGCCCCUUCCAACAAUCCAGUGGAGGACCCACUCCGGGGCUGCCAGCGCCACCAGCCAAUCAUCCGGUAUCUCAACACUCAGGACUCCGAGUAUCUGCCUUCUUCUCAGCACAUGCAGGAGGUCGAACAAAUCAUCAGUGAACAGUUUGAAUCAACAUCCCCGCAGGCUCCGUCAUCUCCAAUCCAAAAGCCCAAGCGUUCGGCAGAGUAUGUGGUCCAUUAUGGCUCUUCAUUGCCACAUGCGCCCGAAGAAUCGACUUGCCCAACAGAUCAAGACCUUAAGCGUCGACAAUCUGAUUCGGUGUCAGACACAUUGCCUCAAGAGAAUCAAUUCUCCGACGAACAAAAAAGUGCCUUGAUUGCAUGGUUUCAUCAUGUAAUCUGGAAACAUUCUUUAAAAGAGGUCAAAUCCACAACUUGGGUGCCCUUUGAAGACUACCUGAAGAAACACUUUGCAAUUGAAACAUAUAACCCUUACCUUGUGGAUUGGACGCUUGAACAAAGGCGAACGCAGUAUGAUGCCCUCUGGCAGAAAUUCAUGAUGGUCCGUCAGCGCACCGAUUCACCAGGGGCCAAUUUGGAUAGAUUGCUGAAGGCAAAUGGCCUUUCCCCAUCACAUUAUUGGGCCAUGGUCGACAUCCUUUGCGGUAUGCAACCAAUGCGCCCAACCCUGGGGAAAGGUCACAUCUUUGCAGAAAGUGAGGACGAAGCGAGUAAUGAAGAGGUCCGGUCAAACAACACGGGCCGGGUCAACCGAUCGCAUGCAAUCGAUCCAGUCCACGACAAUCCAACCGUUUCGAGGAUGGCAAACACCACUCCCAGCAACGGAGGCUUCAAAUUCUCGAACGAACAUUCCCCGACCGUUGGUUUGCAAUCAGACUUACUCACUUCCCUCCGGCAAUUGGUGAUGCAAGCACCAAGCAACUCAAGUGCCUCCGAGGACCCAUUUCAUGACACCUGUUUGGAAUUGUCCAGGUGGCAAGUCGAAGAGCAGAUCCGCCAUCAUGAGGAACAGCGAAUCCACCAUGUCAAUAUGAAAGCCCUCCUCACUAAUUAUAAAGAGAAGAUUUGCAGACUACAAGAGGAUCGAACUCGAGCAAAGGCGGAAGGAACUGAGUUGCGUGCCUCGCUCAUGAAUCUCAUCUCUCAAUUCUCACCACAACAAGAAGGAUCACGUGGGAAGGAGCAUUGA